GAGAGAAAGGGAGAGAGAGCGCGAGGCACACGCAGAGAGGGAGAGGAGGAGCGCGAGAUUAGGACGGCGCGUGGCAGCUCUGAAAACAGGGAUAAAGCUUGCGCGAGCGCCGCAGUUUACUCACAUCACACGAGCGGGUUGAGUCCACAGUUAAAGAAAAACUCCGGUACCGACCAGCGCGAGCUUCCCGGAAAUAUCAAAGUGAGAAAAACAUGAGUUUUUUUCUGCUGCGUGGGAUGCAUCGAUCCGGUUUGUGACGGGGUGACUUAUUCUUGGCGCGAGUGGGAAAAGCCGCAAAAGUCAAGAGGUUCAUCUGCAAACGUUUCGAUUCCAAGCAUGGACAAGGCUCAUCUUUCAAGCCCCAAUGAAAUAAUAAUGACAAACUCUACAGGCUCUUAUCAACAGGAGCCUCUCACUCCACCCAGGCCUGCCCAUCUUCACUCCUCAUCCUCUUCAUUAUCCUCCCCCUCUCCCUCCGCCUCCUCCCCCCUCAAACCUAACCAGGUGGGUCAGGUCAUCCUGUACGGCGUUCCUAUUGUGUCACUCGUCAUUGACAACAACGAGAGACUUUGCCUGGCGCAGAUUUCCAACACUCUCCUGAAGAACUACAGUUACAACGAGAUCCACAACCGCCGCGUGGCCCUGGGGAUCACCUGUGUCCAGUGCACGCCAGUCCAGCUGGAGAUCCUCCGCAGGGCCGGUGCCAUGCCCAUCUCGUCACGCCGCUGCGGCAUGAUCACCAAGCGCGAAGCCGAGCGCCUGUGCAAGUCCUUCCUGGGAGAGAACUCGCCGCCAAAGCUGCCCGACAACUUUGCCUUUGACGUGACGCACGAGUGCGCCUGGGGUUGCCGGGGUAACUUCAUACCGGCGCGCUACAACAGCUCCCGGGCCAAAUGCAUCAAGUGCUCCUUCUGCAACAUGUACUUCUCUCCAAACAAGUUUAUUUUCCACUCUCAUCGCACGCCGGACGCCAAGUACACCCAGCCCGACGCGGCCAACUUCAACUCCUGGCGAAGGCACCUCAAACUAACAGACAAGCACCCGCUGGAUGAGUUGGUUUAUGCAUGGGAAGACGUCAAAGCCAUGUUCAACGGAGGCAGCCGAAAGAGAGCGCUGCCGUCGUCGGUCCAGUGUGCCUCCAUGGGUGCCAUGAAGAGUCUCCCGGGUACAGUGGCGCCUCACAUGAUAGGAGCUGACCUGGGUGCGCAGAAAAGAGGCCGCUUUGAGGAAGAGGACGACCUGGACGGAGGCAAUCUCUCCCCGCGCAAAACGCCGCGCAACUACCCCGUCAUCCCUGUCCCAAGCAAAGGCUUCAGCAUGCUGCAGAAGUUCCCCCCUACGUCGCUCUUCCCGUCCCCCUACCCCUUCCCUGCGUUUGGCCUCUGCCAGCAGAAAAAAGAGGACAGCGAUGUUUCGACUGCGCAGAAAGGGCCAGGACUGUCGGGUCUUUUAUGGCCAGGCCGCAAAGACGCUUUCUACCCUCCUUUCUGUAUGUUUUGGCCCCCGCGAGCAGCUGGAGGUAUUCCUGUCCCUACCUAUCUGCAGCCUCAGCCCAGCACCCUUUCCUCCCUGACAGAAAACCCGUCUCUCAGGCAGGCCUUUCUGGACCUGUCAGACCCCGGCGACGCCGGGGCCGUAAGCAGCAGCGGGAAUGGUGUCAGUGCAACUAUGGCGCCCAGCAACGGGACCGCCACGCCGAGAUCUGGGUUGUUCGACACAGAGUGCACGACAACAACGCCGGACCUCCGCCCUGUGACGUCGGAGGGAUGGCUCAAGCUGCUAGAAAACCCAGCUCUCCAAACAAGAAAGCCCAGCUACGGCUCCGCCUUCCGCCCGGUCGUCAAGGACGCGGAAAGCAUCGCCAAGCUCCACAGCAACAGCGGAGGAGUCAACGGAGCGACCGACGAGGACUUUGGGGUUUUGGUUCCCGGAUCGGAUAGACACCAGCAGCUGUCGCCCACCAGCAGCUGCAGCUACGGGAGUGAAAGCGGAGGUGACGGGGAAGCAGAGGAAGCGGAGAGUGAGGAAGAGGGGGAAGUGGAUGUGGAGUCUUCCAAGCAGGAGGACGAGGAGGAGGAGGGGAGUUUUGCAAGCAGGCCGCCACAGACUCAAACCAACCUGUAUCUCCCUGUUCUAAGUGACAGUACUGUUGCCGGAGAGGACCGGGGGAAGGACAGGGGGAGUGGCGCAAUGUAUCCCGGCACCUCCCCAGGAUCCUCCUCAAAUCCCAUCGUACAGGAGUCCCCCAGCCUACCUGCCUCGCCUCAUGCCAGCUUGCCUGUCUCUGGCUCCACCCCGCCCCACCGAGAGGACACAGCUUACAAAAACGUGCAGAAAAACCGAGAUGAAGGACUGCCUGCAUAUGCAACCAAAGACAAUUCAAGUAAUUCUGAUGAAAACAAGGAGCAGAGAAGUUUCUUUGUGCCUGAGAGUGAAACCUCAGCGCCUGACUACUGGAGAGAGUGCUCAGGGGAUCAGAGCAGAGGUGCAGCCUCUCCUGUCACACUGAAGAAGGAUGUUGAGAACAUGGAGAAAGAAGAACUUCAGAAAGUUCUCCUGGAGCAGAUCGACUUCAGGAGGAGACUGGAGCAAGAGUUUCAUGCCUUAAAGGGGACAUCACCCUUUCCUGUCUUCCAUAAUUUUCAAGAUCAGAUGAAACGAGAGCUCGCCUACAGAGAAGAAAUGGUCCAGCAGUUACAGAUGAUUCCCUACGCAAACAUCAUCAGAAAAGAAAAGAUCAGCUCCCAUCUUAGCAAGUAGCUGAAAAGGGGGAGUCAUUACACCCAAGAGGACGAAGCUGCUUGGACUUGUGAAAGUCACAUAUGUUCUCUCUAGAAGUAAAACAUUAACUGUAUAUGAACAAAACACCAACAUUAAGGAAUUCCAAUCCUGUUAUACAUAUGUACAUCUUUCUUGCAUUUCCCAAAGGAAAGUAACUAUGUGGCUCAUUCCUCCAAUUCUCCUCAACUCACUUGGACAAAGUGAUGCUGCUUUUGUACCAGCAUGUUGGUAAAAGAUUACCAACUGUUUUAUCUUCUCUUGACUGUGUUUCUUUUCCAAACUGACUGAACUGAAAGCGUCUGGAAAAAAGGGGAACUUUCUUGAAAUUUUGCCAGAUCACAAGCUUUAUUCAACCAGGAGCAAACACCUAGACGGAAGGUCAACGAGGUGGAGGGGGAAAAAAAAACUGAGUCUCACUGCUGUUGGCCUAAUGCACAGGACUGCUGGAGCAUUGGCAUCACCAACCAGAGAGCCAGAAGAAAGGUUGCCCUGAUAAAGUAUAAACUUUUGAUUCCCAAAGGGAUUCUUCUUGGCAUGACCCUUCUUUUUGUACGCAAAUCAUCAUUACCACCAGUUAUCGGCAAUCACAGGUGACACAGAAGUUGAACUGAUGUCUGAGGAAGGUGGAGAGCCGACAAAAGAGUUAAAAAAAAAAAAAACUUUUUGAAAACACAUGCUGACAGAACAUUGUACAGUACCCAUUAUUUCUUUUAUGUACAAAAAAGUAUUGUAUUCACUGCAGAUGUAACACUCCUGUCGAUACUCAGUGUUUUACAUCUCUUUGAACAUAUUAAAUAUUUUAUUUAUACAUGCAAAGUUACCCGAAAAUGACGCGUUUCAUUAAAUGUCUUGUUUAUUCUGUACGAAUUGACAGCAGCUGGAGUUUUGCUAAAAGGCACAAAUUCAGAUCUUUACUGCUGCAACAACCCUAAACAUUCACGUUAAGUAAGAGUAUUAUUCUACCCUCAGCUAACAGACUAUUUUAAGGCCCUCUCCAAGUGCCUGCUUAGUGUAUGGCCGGCAAGGAGCUCAUUAUUGUUCUGUAUCUUUUUGUAAAUUAUCUCACCUAACUGUAUAAAUCAUCACACAUAAGAGUAUUGAACCUUACAGUGUUUUUAUGUUUGUUUGUUUAUAUUUUGAAAAUAAAAUUCUGAGACCACCGAUGUGAAAAUAAUGUUUAUUAUGAAUUUUAAAGAAGAUUUAAGAGACUCGACAACAUGAUUACGAUGGUGCAUUUAAGUGUAUGUAAAAAAAAAAAAAAAUCUG